AUGUAUGACGACAUGUGCGAAGCAAGUGCAGCUGCGGCCGUUCCAGCGACUGCGCUGGGAUCGUCCGACGUCGCCGCAAUCGUUUCUGCAACUUCUUUGCGCCGGCGCUUGUCCUCCAGCUCUGCCAUGUUGCGCUUCCGCACCAGAUCCAUCAGUUUGCCAGAUGUCAUUGCCGGGUACUUGCGCAACGGCCCCUGCAGAACACAGUCUCUGCUAGGCAGAUUGCAGUACGCGAGGCUGUAG